GCUUUGUAACCCGAUGUGGACGGACAGGGAAAUACCCGCUGCGAAACGGUCGACACGAUUCCGGGAAGUGACUCUGCACUGCACUUAGUGGACUGGAUUUUCUUCUCAUCCCCAUUUUUUGCCACCCCAAAACUUCAAGCACUACUACUCCUGCUCUGCUUUGGAUGAAGUGUGCGGAAUUGCAAGUGCUGUGAGGCCAAGUGGAUUCCUGGAGUUUACCGCAGUGAACCGACUGUGCAAAGAAGAUGAAGAAUCGGGCAAAGUAGUUGACUGUUUGUGUGUGUGUGUGUGAUUUAGUGUGAAUUUCCUGGAAGAUAUCGGGCACGCGAAAGAAGACAAAAAGGUUCUGAACGCGAAUUCUGCCGCUGGGAAAUGGCAAUUUUAACUGUACUCAAAGUGAUAAAAUGUCGACUAAAAGUGACUCGCGACGAGGUCAGAGCAUCUUGCUGCAUGCGAGCGGGAUAACUUUUCUUCGAUCAUCACACGCUGGAAGGAUUUUCCCCGAGGAGUUCUUUUCGAGGAUUACGUGAUACAAAUAUAUAGACGAGAAAAAGAAUUAAUAGUUCCUGACGACAGUCGAAAAAAAAACUAGUGAAGGUGAGAAUCUUAUUAAUUGUAAAAAUUUAGAUUGUUGUGUGAAGUGAAGAGAAAAAACAAACAGAAAAAAAACAUAGAAUUAUUAACAACAGCGAAAUCUCGGAGCUUGCAGCGGUCGAGAACGAAGAGCGAAUAGCGCGUGAGUUCCUUUCGGAAAGCGCCAGCACAUGUGCUUCGGUCAGUGAGUGAAGUUUAGAAUAAUUUCUCAUCCGCGAGAGAGAUCGGAGGAGCACUGCAUGAGAACAAGAUGGCCGCGGUUCGUCGUAAAGCUCUCCCAGCCGAGAAGCGCGGUGGCCAAUGUCAGCAUCGGGGACCGGCCUCCACCUCCAGUUUGUGUGAAUGGAAAUCCCCCCGAAACACGUCACCGCCGCUCGUAAAGUGUAUGAACGGCGACAGCGGAUGCGCCAGAAAUAGUCGUAAUAAUCGUCACCAUAAUCGUAACCAUCGUGAUAAAAUUCGGCUUGACUCGACGAGGCGGCCGGCCAGUGCUGCCAGCAGUUUGCAUCAUCUAGUUCUUGCGAAUGUUCAGCGGAUGCUGUACAGCGUCCCCAGGCUGGUGCUGCUGGCCGGGCUGAUUCUGGUCUGCGCCAGUUCGCACUGCUGCUCGGGUUUCAUGUUGGACGGGUCCCAGAAUAGUUUUGCCCAGUUCCGAAAGUGGUACACCGGGCUGAAUGGGACCCUAGAGUUGGAAUUUAAAACGGAACAACCGAACGGGUUGGUGCUGUACACCGACGACGGUGGAACGUACGAUUUUUUCGAGCUGAAACUGGUCGAAGGUGCGCUACGAUUGCGUUACAACCUGGGCGGUGGGGCACAGAUUAUCACCGUUGGGCGCGAUCUGCACGACGGACACUGGCAUAAGGUGCAGGUCCUGCGGAAUGACGAACACACGACACUCACGGUGGACGGCGUCUCCCAGAGCCGCACAUCCCGAGGGAAAGAGUUUCUGUUUGGCAAGUUUGCCACCAACUCGGAUGUUUUCGUCGGUGGUAUGCCCAAUUGGUACAACUCGAAGCUGGCCCUGCUAGCGCUGCCAAGUGUCAUCUUCGAGCCCCGUUUUCGCGGUUCCGUACGUAAUCUGGUGUACUCGGACCAACCGGGCGUGUCCCCCCGAAGGCAGGAAAUGCGACAACCGAGAGAUAUUAAGUGUGGCGAUUCUCCAUGUGAUUUAACGGCAAUUCCACGGGAAAAGGUCACCCGGGACACCCACCAGCACAAUUACAACAGCAAAAACUACAACUACGAGCACCACCACCACCACCUUGACCACAACAAACACCACCAAACAAAUCGACAAUUGAAAAAAAUUGCACUGCCAUCAUCAUUACCACCACUACCACCACAACCGUCAUCAUCGCCGUCCGGAGCUGCUGCAACGGCAGCCGCAACUACGCUCAGGACUGAACGGGACGCACAAUCUUCGGGUGUUUACCCGCCCAACUACGACCUGGUGCACAACUGCGUCCGGACGCUGCCCUCGGACAAGGGUCUCCGGAGCAACGUUACGGACGCCUGCGAGCGGCAUGAUCCCUGCCAGCAUGGCGGCAUCUGCAUAUCGACCGAUUCCGGACCAAUCUGCGAGUGUCGCAAUCUCGAGUACGAGGGACCCUACUGCGAGCGAGAUAAAGCCCCAUCAGAGGCCACCUUCCGGGGCACGGAGUUUCUCUCGUACGAUCUGGGCCAGACUGGCGGCGAGCCAAUUGUAAGCGCACAAGAUGCCAUCACGCUCUACUUCCGGACCCGCCAACCGAACGGACUGCUCUUCUACACAGGUCACGGAACGGACUACCUGAAUCUGGCACUGCGAGACGGUGGCGUGUCACUCACGAUGGGACUGUCGAAUGGCAAACAGGAGAUGCACAUCAAGCCGGCCCGGGUUCGCUUCGAUGACCACCAGUGGCACAAGGUGACAGUCCACCGGCGGAUACAAGAGAUUUCAUCGAUUACCAGCUUCUGCAGGCUGGUAGCCGUGGUGGAUGAUGUCUACACUGACCAUUCGCACAUUGCCGGGAAGUUUACAAUGCUAUCGUCAUCACGCGUCUACGUGGGAGGCGCAGUAAACCCGAGGGCACUACUUGGAGCCCGCGUCCACAACAACUUUGUCGGUUGCCUUCGUAAGGUGGAAUUCUCAGCAGACACAUUACGAUUAAAUUUGAUUGAUUUGGCCCGGACUGGCUCUAAAUUGAUCCAAGUGGCAGGACGCGUCGACUAUCAGUGCCCUAGUGGUGACCCCCAGGAUCCUGUGACGUUUACCACCCGUGAAUCUUAUCUGCUCCUGCCGCCGUGGGACGUCUCGAAGCAAGGCAUGUUAUCGUUCAAAUUCCGCACAAAUGAACCGAACGGAUUAAUUAUCCUAAAUACCGUGACGAGACAACCGAGGCCGGAUUUUUUCGCGGUUGAGUUGCUUAACGGCCACAUUUAUAUCCACAUGGAUCUAGGCUCGGGUGCGGUGAAGGUGCGAGCGUCUAGACGACGGGUAGACGAUGGCGUCUGGCAUGAACUGUCACUGCGACGGAACGGCCGCGAAGGAAAGGUGGGAGUCGAUGGGCAGUGGAACGAUUUCCGAACUCCUGGCGAUUCGACACAGCUUGAACUGGACAGCCCGAUGUAUCUGGGAGGAAUCGGUCCGCCCUAUGCGGAAGUGGUAAUACCACCGGCCAUAUGGACUGCCACCUUGCGACAGGGUUUCGUUGGAUGUCUGCGCGAUUUGGUACUGACCGGAAAGCCAAUUGACAUUGCCGCUUUCGCGCGACAGCAGGAUUCAGGUGCAAUUAAGCCAUCCUGCCAUGUGGUAGCAAACCAGUGCGGAGGAUCAGUGUCACCCUGCCAGAACGGUGGACAAUGCACGGAAGGCUGGAACCGACCGCUGUGCGAUUGCUCGGCAACUUUAUUCACUGGUCCGACGUGUGGCCGCGAGUCAGCAACCCUUGCGUUCAACGGCUCCCAGCAUAUGGCAAUUUGGAUCGGUGGAAGCCAAGGAACGCGUACCCAAACCGAAGAGCUUGUUAUACGCUUCAAAACAUCUCGUCCCGCCGGUCUGCUGCUGCUUACCAGUGCCGAGUCCAGUUCGUCUGACCGACUCGAAAUUGGAUUAGUGGCAGGUCGUAUACGGGCAAACGUAAGACUAGGUGAACGCGAAAAGAACCUGCUGGCUGGCCAGGGUGUCCUUAACGAUAACAACUGGCACACGGUGAGAUUCUCUCGACGGGCGUCCAAUCUGCGACUGCAAGUUGACGGGGCUGCUCCCGUCAGGGGUAUGUUAUCGGAAGCAAUUCUGGGACGACAUAGCACAUUGGAGGUUAAAUCACUGCAUCUGGGUGGACUGUUUCACGCGGAAGAGGAAAUCCAAAUGACGGCUGCCAUGCCGAACUUUGUCGGUCAACUGCAGGGCUUCGUAUAUAACGGACAUCGCUACAUCGAUCUGGUGAAAACUCUUGGCCCAGAACUGUCGGCUCUGCCAACAACUACCUUCAAGCUGACGGCUCGGUUUGUCAACUCCCCACCAGGGUCGCCAUAUCUGCCGGCCACGUUCCGCUCGAAGCACUCGUACGUGGGGCUGCCAAUGUUAAAAUCCUACUCGUCUACGUUUAUCGACUUUCGCUUCAAGACUCUCGAGCCAAAUGGUUUACUAUUCUACAACGGUGGCAAACGGAGCGAUUUCGUAGCGGUAGAACUGGUCAAUGGCCAUAUCCAUUACGUGUUUGAUCUGGGUGAUGGACCGAUAACAAUUCGCGAUAAAGCACGCAUCCACAUGAAUGACAAUCGAUGGCAUUCGGUUAGCAUUCGACGGCCCGGACCGAAGACUCACACGCUCGCGGUGGAUGAGUCAAUCGAAAUUUAUACGGCCAGCGGUAACAACAUGCACCUGGAAUUGGAGGGAAUUCUUUACGUCGGUGGGGUUUUCAAGGAUAUGUAUUCCCGUCUGCCGCCGAGCAUCGCAUCAAGAUCUGGCUUCGAGGGCUGUAUGGCCUCGGUGGAUUUGACCGAUUCGUCUCCCAGCCUGACGGAGGAUGCCGUCGUUCCAAGCUCGUUGGUCGUGUCCGGCUGUGAGGGUCCUACCAAGUGUAGCCAGAAUGCCUGCGCCAAUCGGGGAAUCUGUGUGCAGCAGUGGAAUGCCUAUGCCUGCGAGUGCGACAUGACCUCGUUUACCGGACCGACCUGUUACGAUGAAUCCAUCUCCUACGAGUUUGGUAACAACAAGGGUUUAAUACAGUACACGUUCCCGCCCGGGCGACAACCGGACACCGAAGAGGACAACGUUGCACUGGGCUUCGUGACGACCAAAUCCGAUGCGGUCCUUCUGCGCGUCGAAAGCUCGACCACUCAAGAUUACAUUGAGAUGGAAAUCGUCGAAGGAAAUGUGUUCAUAGUGUACAACGUCGGAUCGCACGACUUACCCCUGGGAGAAAUUGGCGUCAAGGUGAACGACAAUAAUUACCACAUCGUACGAUUCACCCGCUCCGGAGCGAAUGCCACGCUACAGAUCGACGAUUACAACGUUCAAACAUUAUUCCCUUCAGGUCACCAAUCGACGAUAUUCACCUCGAUGGCUAACAUUCAGGUCGGGGGGAAAAUCUCCCGCAACGGUCGCUCCCGCAUCGAACGGCCCUUCGGCGGGGUUAUCGCGGGACUCUCGGUCAAUCGAUUGCGGGUGCUGGACCUGGCAGCAGAGCGCGAUCCCCACAUCAAUGUGCGGGGUGAUGUGCAAUUGGUAACUGGCGUUUUAGAUAGAAAUGACCAAAGAAUGCAGCAGAAUUCUUCGGAUAAUUUCAAGACCCCAGCAAGCGGCUACCCGGGCGUGAUGGACGAUCUGAUCUUCAGCGGGGCCGGCUCGGGAUGUCGCGGUGAUGACGAAGACGAGUGUACGCCACCGUUCGAGAAUGGCAGUGGAGACGAUCUGAUUACCCCGGUCUAUGUGCCCCCGACGAAGCAAACGACGCCGUCUGCGGGUGGCGGAAAAACUGGUGGCCGCCGUAAGGACGAAGGCAAGCUGUGCGACGACGAAGACUGCAUUCAUGGUUCCGGCUCGGGAGAGGUUACGGAGGUGUUCACAACCUCGACGGCUAAGAGUUCAGAAACAAGCCCAGAUGUUACCUAUACUACCGUGGAUUUCGAUAAGAAAACGGACGGAACUACCACCCUGACUACGCAGGGCAAGUCAGAAUCCUAUUCUCCUAGCGAAACCACUCGCGAAAUGGAUUCAACAAGCAGUGGAACGACAGGCUAUGGAAGUAGUAGCAGCAGCAGCAGCAGUAGUGGAAGUAGUAGCCACGGUAGCAGUAGCAGUAUUGGAACUUCCUCGACCUAUGGAACAACGGUUUCGAUGGGUACUACGGGGACUACCAGCGGUACGACCAGCGGAGGAACGAGCAGUCGAACGACGUACACGACCGGAACAACCGGUGGCUCUAGCACCUUUGGUUCGACAACACAGCAGCAAACACCUUCGGAAACUACUAUUAGCUAUCGUGAUCGCGAUCGCGAUCAUAUCCGUGAAACUACCUAUCCGCACACCCCUUCUACCACUGAGGAUGAUGAAAUAAUCGAAGUACGACGGCCGGACGACGAUGAAGAGCCAGAACAUGAGCACAAAACCAACAUCGGUAGAAGACCACCACCGGUGAAGGUGAUGGAACCUCCCAAUCCCGAACCAGAACCACCGUUCAACUCUCAUCAACCCGCGUACAAUCCAACGCGACUUCCCAAGCACAAGGGAGGCCGAAUUAAUUCCGAAGCCGAAGAGCGAACAGCGAUGAUAAUCGGUAUCGUAGCGGGUGCAUUAAUCGCCCUUAUCUUGGUAAUUUUGCUAGUACUGUGGAUUAAAUCCAACGGUGAUCGAUCGUACAAAACGGAUGACAAAAGUGGUCUGUAUGGACAGGGUCCAAGCGCGGCCCUGUUGGGAGGAUCGCACACUAACACACAUAGUUCGCAGUACAACACGCAUCAACAGCAGCCCCAUCAUCAGCAACCGCCACACUAUAACGGAAGUGGCAGCAGCGGUGGUAUGGGUGGUGGCCAUCACAACAACGGGGGUGGCACUCUACCCCUGAAUGGAUCAUUGCGUCAUCAUCACAACGGUGGCAAUGGAAUGGGUGGCGGUGGUGGCAUGGGAAUGGGUAGCGGGGGCAGUGGUGCAAGCAUGGGUUACAAUGGCAGUGAUCGAGGAAGCAUGCAAUCCGGUGGAAUGGGCCAACCACCGAAAGCGAAAAAUAGAAACUCAAAGGAUAUCAAAGAGUGGUACGUCUAAAGCUGCUUCGGAAACUAUGCCACCAGAGACGGCGAUGCAAACUCAAACAAAAAAGUUAAGAUAAAACACACGAUCACACACAAACACAUCAGAGAUGUUAUAUUUAUACUGCUGUCGAGAGGACACUCAUACAUGUGUACACACCCAUGCCCGACGUACUUAAAGCUAUCAUUAAUUAAUUAAACAUAUUAAUUAAUAAUGACAAAAUGUGAUGGAAGUAACAAAACAUAAAAUAAGGCGCAUACCUAUCGCUGUUGGUGGCAGUAAUAGAAACCCAAAGACCCGUUAGUUUGUAACCGGAGGUAAAAACUCGAACAAUUUGUAAAUAGCAGGAAGACACACACACAUACACACAAAUGAGUCACAUAACGCUCGCAUAAUUGAGGUUAGAAUAUAUAGGUACGAACAAAAGUGCAAUGAGUAGGAACGAAUGUAUGUGACAAAACCAAAACCUUGCUGAUGCUGAGAUGCCAAUUAACGGCAUAUGUACUAAGUAGCGAGAUCGAGAGGGGUUUUAAUUGUUAUUAUAAAGAAGAAAAAAGAAUUACGUUUUGAAAGUUACUCUAUUAGGCAAAUGAAAUAGAAACGUUUGUUAGGGCGCAACCAGAUUGGGAGUACUCAGCCGCCUUGAACCAAACAAGGCGAGGGGGUUGGGUGGCAAAAGCCCAUUGUUGAAGCCUUGAUUCCGUUUCUCUGUUACCCGUUCGUCCCAGUUACAACCAAAACACCCGAAAUAAGACGCUGCCCCAGUUUUUUUGGCAACGUGUACGCGUAACCGGUCUGAAUUGUGAAAACUUGCUUUCUGGAAACCGGAGUGGCCGAUGUUUGCGGGUACUGUUUGAUAUUGUUUUUUUUUUUUUUUUUUUUGUAUGAGAAGCUUUAUUUUGGCACUUCCACGUGCGAUGGAAGGCAGUUUAUGAAGAUUCCAAAGAUCUUAAAAACUUUUUUACUCGGGAAAUGCACCUUUCCAGUUUUUUCUUAGCAUCAAAAGAAAUUGAACGAUGACUUUUGCUUGAGCCAAGCAAUUUUCAAAUCGAGGAAAAAAGUUUUCAGCAUUGUUUUAACACGUCAUCAAAUCAGAAAAAAAUAUUUUUAAAAAAAGCAGUUUUUUUUUCAUAAUACAAAAAUGCAAUAUUAGUGUAAUGAAGAGAAAUAUCGUUUGCAUUAUAAAAUGGACAUGGAAGGUAAUUAUAUUAGCUUACUUGCAGAAAAAUUCUAUGCUCUUGUGAGCGGCCUUCCGGUAGUUAACCGGAACAUUCACCAGAGCGGACGAAAACAUACGUGUAGGCAUGUUUUUGAGUUCUUUUUGCAUUUUUAUUUAUCAAUUCCUUCUCAGUUUUCGUGACGAAAUUGUUGAAGUUUAUCUUAUGCUCCAGGUUUGCCCGGAAAUUCUCGAUGGGACGCCACAUCGAUAUUCAGCCGCUCCAGCUUCUCCAUCGAUCGCUUCGGGCAGUGGGCUAACGCCAGAUCCGGCCAGAACACUGCAUCUUCGCCCUUAUGGUAUUUCUUGAUGAACGACGCAACUUCCGACAGGCACUGCCUACUAUAAAUUUCCCCGUUCAUGGCCAGUCCGGAGCGAAAGAAGAGCGGCUUUGACAUUUCUUUCUCGCUGGUUGUCAACUUGACCAUCAUAUUCAGUCACUGCCGAAACGUCAUUUCCUGCAGCUCCAAGACCAUUUUACGCGACUGCCGCUUCCUGACAUGUAUGUCAAUGUUCGCCAGACACUUCUUCACUGUUCGGUGGGUUGCACCGACCUCCCGGCCAAUCACACGCAGCUAAGCAGCCACUUUUCCCUCGGUCUUACUCUUCAGCAUCUUUUGGAGCUUCUUGUCGCUCUGAUUGAUGUCAAUCCGGCGUCCACAAUGUGCCGUUCUUUGAACGCGCAUGCUUCUGAAUAGAGUAGCUUCACUGUUUUCGUCAUCACGGUUGGAAUUCGUCUGAUAUAGCUGUAAAUUUUUUUCGGCUGACUCAUAGGUUACUAUGAUUGAUGCUCCAUGGGUAGUUUCAUCAGUGCGUGUGAGGGUAAACCCAUGGAAAUUCGGCAGUUUUUGUCCAUUUUUUUUAACGCAAACGUAAUAUCAAUUCAACAUCAAUAAAUAUUAUCAAAAAAGGCAAUAAGCUUAAAAGAAUUGACAAAACAGUGACAGUAAAACUACCACUACUUCUAUUUUCUUCUUCCAUUGCUAUUGUUUGUUCAAACUUUUCCUUAGUAAUUCAAAACUCAUUUUUCAUUGGACGGUAAUAAAUGUACAGAAUAUGCUAAAAUGCUGAUUACGGAAUGUAACCUAUUUCUUUUCCAAAUGAAAUUCUCGUGAAAGAUAAGCAGUUUUAGUUCUGCAAACUUCCAGAAACAUUUUUUUUUGUUGGUAGUCAGUUUCUGUAAGUAUAAAAUUAUGAGCAUGAUUAUUCCUAUCGUAUUACGCUCGCAAUUAAUUUUUUUUAUAAAAAUGCAACAAAUAGAUCAUUCAAAAUAUUGCCUAUCGCUAGCUUCAACUUUUUGGCAGAGCUCAAACACCGUUACAAUGAAAGUGCUCUCCUUUAGGAGCCAUUUUUAUUUGAGCGUUUCUACGUAAGUUUUAACGACUUUGGCAGUAUGAGACCGAGCGUUGUCAUUAGUCAGCCUAUACACCAGAGAGAUGUCGAGACACUCACCGUUAAGGCAACUGUCAACAUCAAAACGGGCGAGCUGUAUAAUUUUGCAUUGCCGUUAUCCGUUUUGAUGAUGACAGUUGCCUUAACGGUGAGUGUUUUGUCAUUUCUCUAAUAUACAGGUUCCCUAGUUGUCAUGCAAGUUGUUCCCUACUGAUUUUUCCGACAGCUCAUUAUAAAUAACACCGACCUGAUCCCACCAAAUACACAGCAUUCUUUGUAGCGUAUAUAUUCUUUGGGUUACUGUAAAGAACCCUUUUUUUCUGCACCCGUCACGAUGCGAUGAAAGAUACCCAACAAAAAAACGAAAUUCAACGUCCCCUGGCUUCUGCAGGAACCCAAGUUCCUUGUUUUUGUAUCAUUCUCAAAGCAUUCAAUCGCUUGGAAAUGGCUUGGUAGGUAAUUCCCAAUGCCGAAGCAAACUGUUCCUGCGUUUGGCACGGAUCCUCAACGAGCAAUGCCUCCAAUUCAACCUCUUCGAAGGUUUUUGGCCUUCCUUCACGCAGACAAUCGUCGUAUGGUGGUGAUAAAUACUACUAAGACAUAUUUAAACUUCGUGGAUAUUGCUGAAGGAUGAAUGACGCCGUUAUCCAUUGGGCCACAAAACCUAUUCUAUGAGUCUCUCCAAAUCAGCCUAAACUCAUACAGUCCCAUACUACAUGUUUUAUUUUGCUCAAAAGAAAGCACGUCUUGAGAAUGAACACAAAACAUUGUAAACCAGUCAUUAGAAAAAAUUGAAUCACUGAGUUGCUGAAUACUGAAACUUUUUAUGUAGUUAGAUUCUUGAGAAAAAUUUAACUCAAACACUCGUCACUAAACAUACACUAGCGCCACGUAAUGGUCUCAUUUCCAAUCAAACCUGAAGACCGCAAACUUUCUAAGUGGUUGGAUUUACGAGAAAAGUUCAGAUAAAAAUACUAAAAUCAACCAAAAGCCCUUAUCCUUCUGAACAACGUUGUUGAAAUCCACAACAAACUGGUUGAAUGCAAGGGAUAAAUUUAGUUCUGAAACUGAAUUUUGGAAUGAGCUGAGCACCAUUCAAGAGCGUUUGAUUGCCUGAACAACUUUGCUGAAGACGACAACAAAUGUUGACAUCACACACUGACUUUAAAGAGCACGUUUAUUCGCAAUAAUCUUCCUUACUAAGGUUAAUUUAUAUGGAAAAAUAAGAUGAGUACGCUCACAUUUGCAAUUGAAGUACAUCAAAAAAAGUAUAUAUGAAAUUCAUCGCACCUCAAAUGUGCAAAAAUAGUACAAACGUGUCAGUUACCUUCACAGAUUUGACUCAAAGCUUAAAGAAUUGUUCGAACAAGGUCACAAAACAUCCUAACUUUGGUGUCGAUUUUCUUUCCCUUAUUUUCUUUUAAUGAUGACCACAAAUACAUGUCUUAAAUAAAAUAACACAUUUUUUUGAAAAGAAAAUUGGUCAAGGAAUCCAAAAAAGAUCAAAUUGCAUCUUGAGAUUUUUUCAUUCCAAAUUUGAUAAUUUUAUCGUGCUCCUGAAAAAAUUCACACGGAAAACACUUACCAUUCCGAGGUAUUAUGAGCAAAUCUCGAGUUACAGUAUUUUUAAGAAAUAACGAAAAAAUUCUCUGUUUUGCUUAUAAUUUCUAUUCCGAAUUAUUCGUCCCAACAAACAAUUUUGUUGAUUUACAGCUUAUUAACCUAUUAUUAAGCAGAUUUCGGCUCAAUCAUAGUUUUAGAAGUCGUUACUAAACAACAUUGUUUGCUGGAGUAUUAUUGCCUGUUGGGCUUAACGUCUGACACUCUUCGAUUGAAUUGCGCGCCCUCGCGCCUCGUCUGGAUUAUUUAAAAUUACUCAUAAAAUUGCAUCAUAACUUAUGUCGUCCAUUAUUAUUAUGAUUAAUUAGUCAUGUUAUUACGAACUUUCUCUAACCGGAUUCUGCUCUUGAUUACAGUGGUCAUUUACUUGGAAAUUCCAAUAUAUCACAAGGCCCUUUCCACGCGUUUUAGAGCUUUUGACCUGGUUCCGUCGGGACUGAUUUAACUUGGACUAGUUCACCCCACAUGGGUUGCCAGUCGUUCGUUUUUUAUCAUAAAUUCUGUUGCGAUUUUCUUUGCUUUUUCGUGAAUGUAUAAAUGGAGAUAUGGAUACGUGCUGUAAAGCACCACAUCAAUUCAAAAGCGGUGUACCUCGUGGACGAAUUUACUGAGGUAUUCUACUCAAAGGUGAAGAACGGAAGUAAUUUUAACGUACGCUCGCUGUCAGCAUUCUGGAGUACAAAUUGUUUUUCCAGUUUGCCUGCUUGAAGUUAAUCAUUUAGAACAUCUCCUGUUUUUUUAUUUUCCUACUUGAUAUGCGGCUUUUCCGGCUAUGAGACCUUUAAUAAAAUAUAAUAAAAAUGUCUAAAAAUUGUGUAACAGAAUUUUCGGUAGUCUAAUUUGAAUCCGCCUACAUUUUUGUCUUUGAAGCUAAACUCCCUCCUUUCACAUAUGGUAUAGCGUGGUAUAGCGUCUUAAACUUUCUGUCUCGCUCGAUAUCAUGUGAAAACAUCUCCAUAUGAAAUGUCAACGAAGCGUUACUCCUUGUUCUCCGCAAUAUAUAUGAUACUCAAGUCUUGCAUCGUGCCUAUUGGUAAGAGCGCGGGGACCAAACGAAGAUCGUAUAUAAAAUAAACACGUUCUCUAAUUGUACCUGAUUACAAUGCCCCUCAAUGUGGUGUUACCAUUCUCAUUCGUUGGGCUCACAACUCACUCGCCGCCAUCAUUGAAAAAAAGUUGGUUAGUUCUUCUGCGGCGGAAAAACGAAUGCUGGGGCUUCCUUGUCACAUGUUGCAUCAGAUUUUGUACAGUCAAUUUGUCGACUUUCUCAACUGCGCCAGUUCGCCUUGAAUUGCUGCUCGCUCCCAACGACUUUCUUGUCUUCCGUAAGUUCCGCUUUACGAUGGCCCAGUAUUGUUCGAUCGAGCGAAGCUCUGUCGUGUUGAGAAUAUCUCUGCCACCUUGCCCCUUCUCAUCUAAUAACUUUAGACACCGUUGUUUGACGAAAAUUCAGCUUUUUCGCUAACUGAUAAUGCGACAAAAGCGGAAAUUCUUGGUGCGCGAACAGAAUUUUUAAACGCCGUUCCUCUUGUGUGAAGGCAAUUUUGACAACUGAAGAGCGUGCGCCGGAAACAAAGUAGGCACAUCAUUCUACACACCUGUGCCAACAAAAAUAGGGGUUACCAUUUUUUUUUUCUAAUAAUCGAUUAUGGGAUUAAUGCUACGUUGGAGUUAAGCACUUUUUAUUACUUGUAGUGCAUGAUUGUUCUGUACCGCCGUGAGAUGACAAAGCCGGUUUAAGCACCAUCUUGUCGAAUGUCGGUUUUCAUACCUAUUAUUCGUUCUGAAGACCUUUCUUUUGGUAAGUUCCUUUUCGUUGUAACUUAUUCAUAGGUUGCAUAAAAUAUCAAAAAUUGUUAAUAAUUAUAUUUCGACUUGCAAGUAUACCAGUUUUUAUUUGUCUCGACUGAUGUUCUUUGGUCACACUCAAAAUCGACUCCAACAAGGUGAUGGGUUUUGAUACGUUUUUGCCUAGUUCUGACCCUCUUAGUUUGUUCCGCGUACCUGACAGAUCAGUCUCGUUUCCAAUGCUAUAUUGAUCAGUUUCGACUCACGGCAGUUUAAUAUUGAAAAGUGAGCCAAAAAUGCCAGGUCUUCUUGUAUCUGCAAUUCCUCGCAAAUCAGGAAAAUCUGCUUGAAAUUGAAAAAAAUCUAUUAGAAGUUGGAAAAGAAAUAGCUCGCAUUUAGGUGAAAAAGCACACAUUUUUAAUGACUGAGACUCGGGUGAAAAUUCGCAGAAACUGUGGAAAACCUGCAAACGGAUUGUAAGCUUUUCGCAGACAAAUCUACACAUCUGCGGUAUCCCUCAGGCUCCCGAGGUGAGCGAAUUUGGUAGCGCAUGAAGCAAUCACUAUUUUUAAAGAUCAUUUUAAUGUGCACGCAUACUGCGUUUUACCGAAUGACAGAUUAACACCUACUCUAUUUGUCGAUGUUUUUCGUUCUUUCACUGUGAAUAUCUACAGACUCCGCAUUCGGCCACUUCGCGAAGGAAAGUGCCCCUUGGAACGUUUUCUUGUUAAGUUGAAAAUUCAAUACAUAGUUUAGAGAGAUCGGAUUUUGAACUGAGCUGAAUAACGAAUCGUUAUGCCGGGUAUGACAAAGCCAUCGAAUGAAAUUCACCAACUCGGCUAGUAUCAAACAAAAAUCCAAAAUGCAAAUUGUUCUUCUGCACAAAUUUGAAACUAAUUAGUAAGUCAAAUCGAGCGAAUGAAUUCCCGAAAAGCAUCAAAACUGUAACUUUGAAUAUAAUCGCAGCGUUCUGAUUAAUCAAACCUUUUUAUAGUGGUAGAUUUUUUUUCUAGUCUUCGUUCUUAGUUUCUCCAUUUCCGUUGCAUUUUUUAUACAAGUUCUAAGCAUUGAUUCGCCAUAAAGAUAGUCUUUUAAAUAUACGUACACAAUCACUACUACUUAAGUGAGGCGUAAAUCUUAGAUUCUAACAGUUUUUUUUUGCGAAAAAUUUAAGAUUGUAUGUCAACUCUAAACCGCCGGAUUUCAUUUUGAAACGACUCAAAUUGUACUUGUUAAGCUGACUGUUUGAAUACCAACUCUUAAUAAAUUCCAUCCCCUCCCAUCUUUCCGAGGGGACCUUCUGUCAAUCGAAAGCGACCCUACCGAGAAUAAAAAAAAAAACUAUAAAUGCCCAAAAAACGGAACAUUUUUAAAUGCACACUUUUUGCCCUGCUGCAAUAUAAAGCGCACUUUCCCAAAAGAGUCAUACGAUGCACACAAACUAUUAUAUUUGCAACAAAUUUUCGUAAAUAAAAAACAACAACAAACAAAAACAGAAUGGUAAUGAAACAAAAAAAAAUAUUUCCCUGAAAUCUAAGAGCAAACAAAAUAAAAGCAACGUGAAAUGUAAAGCUAGGCAUUCUCUUUUCCAAAACUGUUUACAAAAGCGAGAGUUCAUAUUCGAAACCAAAAAAAACUUAUAUAACAUUUAGGCGAACUAAAAUGACGAUACCGCUUGGAACACGUUGUAUACAAAACCAAAUUCACACUUAUACACAGUGAAAGUUAUCGACAGUAAAAAUAAAUAAACGUUUUUUCUCUCUUUCUCUUUACCGAACAAUACAGAAAAAAAUACAACGGAUCCAACAAAUGAUACACGCAAUAUAUUCCACUUAAUUCUAAUACUCUUGAACAAAGAUUAAGAAUUAAAAAAAACACACACACACUUUUAAGUUGCUCAACCCUUGGCUUAGAAGCUCCACUCGAAACAACUGUCCACAGUUCACCAGUUUGCCGUGCUCUCGGUGACAAAAUAUAGACAAUUCUACAAGCGACUUAGGAAUUAAACGAACCUUAUAGAACAAUGGAACAACAUAUCAGUUUUUAUACCACGUUCUAGGAAGAAGAAAUAAGAAACAAAUAGAAGAGGGAAAAAUCACGCAAUCCCGAACUGAAAGAGGUCAGACCAGAGAUUCUGAACGAGAAAUGCAACCAAUCCUGUCGAACAAACAAUCAUAAACCUAAUAAUUUCCUGAUAGAUCAACAACAACCACUUAAAGAAACUACGCGUCAAAAUUGAUCAAUCUCCGACUUGCUUCGACCCCAUUCGGUCCCAUUUCAUCUGUAGAGCCCCAUCACUCAUCUCUAGAUAGGUAGAUCAAAUAUGUUCACAUUUACUCCCUUUCUAGCUGUUUUCCAUGAAAUUCUCCCGAAAACUUUUGACACCAAAUCAACCCGAACAUCGAAUCGUUUGCAAUACGGACUUGGUUCACGCUUCCCCCCCCCUCCCCCACCAUACAUGGAAUGGAACCUGCGUAAACACGAAACACUUUUUCAGACACACACACAAAGUAACACACUCAACCAAACAUAAUUGUAUCGUGUAGCGGAACGAAAGUCGAUCGUGUGUGUAUCCCAAAACUUAGGAAAAACAUAAACAAGCUACACUAGUUCUAAAACUGCGAAAGUAAGGAUUUGACUGAGACUUUACAACAAUACUAACGGAAAAAAAACAAAAGUAGAAAAAUGCAUAGAUAAGCAGCUUACAAUAGACAAACAAAAUAAACCAAUAAAAAGUAAAUAAAAACAAAAAAACAACACCGCUGUUUGCUUCCGAAGUUACGUUCCUGCGAGUUUGUCUUUCUUUGUAUUUCUGCACACGUCAUUUUUCUCAUUUUCGGAUAAACAGAACACAGCAAAAGAAGAUUAGUAGAAAGCAAACGAAAAUUAUUUCACGACUGCAACAAAAAGCACAAAACAAAGCAACCGAUUAUCGUUCGCAAAUUGUACAGAAAAGCUCCAAAACAAGUAAACGAAAGUGCAGGAACGGGACAGGCGCAUUUGCUAAAUAUGAGCAUAGAAGUUGAGACGACCGUCAUGUUAUAUAAUUUAGUAAGAUGUAGAAUUUGUAUAAAAAAAAGAUAGUAACAACAAAAAUGAAAUAAAAAUUCAAUACAAUAAAUAAUUUAUAAUUGCAAAUCAAUUUCAGCUCCACUUAAAAAAACCGAGAGGCGCUAUCAAUGCCACGUCUAGAGACAAAACACACACACACACAAACGCGUUAACAUACAACACGCAUGAGGGAAUCUGCAAUCUUUUUUCCCAACAGCGACAGUUGAACAGAAACAGACAGAAAAAACAACAACAACCGAAACCAAUAAAAUGCUGCAUCGAAGGCUGAACUCUUGGAACACUCUUCUACACAUGGUAGCAUAUUUAUGACGAGAAGCAAACAAAAUAAAACACAAGCAAGCAAGCAAACAAGUAAAUACACUAUUAGCGGAAUCAAGCGAAUGGAAGAGGACAAAAAGAACCACAAGGACUUUUUUCUUGUUAGCUGUAUAGGUUGAUGUUAUAUUAAAAUAAUAAAUGCAAAAAUAAGCUCGAGUAAAGAAAAAAAAAAGUAAACAACCAAAAAAUAUUACGGAAAAUUACUUUAGUUCCUGUUUUGAUAUUCAUUUAUUUUUCUGUUGCUGUUUAUUAGAGAUUAAGGGAAAACUAAUCUUUGACAAAAUGAAGAAGAGAAAGUAAGAAGAAGGAGAAAAACGAUAAACUAUCGUCUAAGGUAUUGAGGAGAGCAAAAAAAUGUAUAUUUGAGAAAACAGAAAAAUGCAGUUUUGUUGCUGAAAUAAAAAUUAAAAAUUCUA